AUGUCAUCGUCAACAGCGACGAUAUCAUCAAAAAAUUCUACAAUAACUAAUAAUGAUCGCAAACGACCAAUAUCAUCUUCUAUACGUCCAUCACCAUCACCACCAUCAGCUAAACGACAUGGUCUAUCAUCAUCUAGUUCAUGUCAUUCAACAAAUAAAAAUUUACGUCGAUCAGGAAGAAAUGAAAUGCUUUUACAAAAAUCUAAUGAACAAAAUGAAAGACAAAGUCGUUCAAAACAACAAUUUAGACAUAUUGAUAAUAAAAGUUCAUCAUCAGAAUCAAGUCGAUCAUCAUCAAAUUCGAAUUAUUCAAUAAAUCAAGAAUAUACAUCAACAACAAUACGAACAUUUAAUGAUUCAUUUCCAUCAACAAUGGAUAUUAAUGGUUCGAAUCAUAGUAAUCAAAACUCUGAUAGACAACCAGAUACAAUGUAUACAAAAAAGGCAAAAUCUAUUCCAUUAAUUGUUAAAUCAUCAACAACAAUGGAUGAAAAACAUGCUCUUACUAAUUAUGAUAGUGAUGACGAAUUUGAAAGAACCAAACAAAUAUCAAAUAAAACUUUAACAAAAUCAACACAUGUUGUUAUUCCAUCAUCUGUAAUGACAAUUGUUACAACACCGGAUUUAUCAAAAAAAUCUACACGUACAGACAAUGUUAUUAUUCAACAAUUUGAUGGAAAUAUAAAUUCAAAUUCGUCAACAAAAUUAGUUAAAUUAGUUGUACCACAAUCAACAAUUUCAUCAUCAUCAUCAAUAAAAAUGCUUUCAAGUGGUGAUGGUCUUGCAUCGGCGUUACGCAUUCCAACGAAAAUUCAAUUAACAAAAACUUUAUAUGUACCAUCAACAAAAAAUGAUAAAACAACUUCUUUAAGUUCAUCAACAUCAACACAUUCAAUUAAUCAUGAACAACAACCUUUUCUGCCAUCAUCAUCAAUAUCAACUACUUUACUUGACAUUCCAAUAGAUAUGACAGAAAAACAACCACCACAACAACAACAACAAUCUGAUGUUGAUUAUCAUUCAUCAACAACAUUACCACCAACACCUCCACCUCCUGUAAUUGAUAAUAAUAAUUCAAAUGUUCGAAAUGUAUUAUCUCAUACAUCAAACAAACAUAAAGAAGAACAAGAAAAAAAUAAUGAAAUUCCUACAAUCAUUAUCAAAGCUAUUGAAGAAAUUGAUUCUUCAACUAUUAAUCAUAAUCCACAUCAUCAAAUUACAUCUAAACGUCAUUCAUUAAAUAUUGAAUAUGCAUCUUCAUUAGUUGAUUGGUCUGUACCACCAACAAGUGAAUUAUCUCCAACAUCUUUAACAUCAUCAUCACCAGAUUUAACACAAAAUCAUAUGCCUAUAGAUGAUUCAUUUGUUGAAUUUGAUGCAACAAUUAAUUCAAAACGAUCAUUUAAACGUCGUUAUCGUUCAUUAUCAUCAUCAUGUCCAAUAUUACCAUCAUUUAAAAUGUCAUGUCUUAAGUCAAAUGAAACAAUUUUAAAACCAAUUAAAUCAAAAUCAUUAACUGGUCUUUCAAAUGCAUCAGUUAUGAAAUAUAUGAUCAUUAAUAAUAAACGAUCUUUAACAACAUCACCUAUUAUGAAAUUAUCAUCUUCACAACGUAUAAGAAAAAGACGACGUGAUAAUGAAAAUAUAAUUUUUAAUCAAUCCAAUGGAAAAAUUUAUAAAUCGAAAACAAAACAUCUUAAAAUUGAAUAUGAUAAUCAUCUUAUUAUUAAAGAUUUAUUAAAUGACAUUAUUGAAAGAAUUAUUUCAACAAGUGAUGAUACAAAUAAUGCUAUUAAAACAUUACUUCAUACAUCUAUUCCAUCAUUAAAAAAACCAUUACCAAUUACUGUGCUUCCAACUAGACAAAGGAAAAUAAAUUAUGUCGAACAGACAAAAACUGAAACUCCUCCUCGAACAACGUCGAUUGAUAAAAAAAGCUAUACUUCAUCACAAUCAUUAGAUUCAACAGUACACAAUGAAUCUCGUUCGAUGAUAAUGACACCGAGAGAAUUAGAUGAAUUAGCCUAUUUACUUCAUGCUAAUGUACAUCGAGGACAAUUCGAACGAAUUGGUAAUCCAACUAAAGUUGAAGAACGUAUGCGUGAAUUAUGGUCACAAAUGAGUAUGCAAAAAAAGAAUAGUUAUUAUAAACGAGUUAUUCAAAUUUAUAAAAGACCAAAUCGUGAUGUUGUUAUUGCGUCAGCUUCAUCAGCAAUAGAAAAUAAUUUUUUAUCAUCAAAUAAUUAUACAGAUAAUACAAAUCUAUCAUCAAUAUCAAAUGAUACAUUACCUGUUGAAUUAAAACGACAAACAUCAACACCAUUAUCAUUUCAUUCAGUAACUUCAUCAAUAACAGAUGAACAAUCAAUUAUUUCACCAGAAGAUUCGAAUUCAAAAACGAAUAUAUUUACUGAUAUUGUUAACGAAUUAAUUAAAGGUGCCAAAGGUUUAGAUAAAUUAUCAUGUUCAUUAACUGCUUUUGUAAAUUCAAUUACUAAAUUUGUUCGAUUAACAAUUGAUGAACAAAUUCAUACAGUUAAAGAUCUUGAACAACUAAUUGAAAAAAAAUGUUCGACACAAUUAAAUCGUGCAACUAUUUUUUGGACACAAAAAAUUAAUUAUUUUGCUACGAAAUAUUUAAUUAAAUCAUCAAAUGAAUCAAUGAAUGAAUUAACAUUAAUUGUCAAAUAUUUUUAUUUACUUGUAUUGUCACUUAAUUGUCGAAAACAAGAAGUUGAAUUUGAAACAGCAUUAAAAGAUUUACUUAAUGGAAAUUUAAAUCUAAUUGAUGAAUCAUUUUGUUCAUCAAUAUUAACAAAUAUAAUUGAAGAUCUUAUUUUACGUUCAUCAUUAGCUAAUGAUUAUCUUGCUUCUCAACCAAUAAUAAUUAAUGAUAUUGAAUAUUCAUUACCAUUAAUGCGUAAUAUUGAAUUAGAAAAUGAAUUUUUAAAUAAGAAUGAUACAUAUUUACAAACAAAUCCAUUUUCUGAUUUUAAUGAUUUAGAAGAUUAUUUAAAACGUUGUGAACAUAUGAUAACAACCAUUCCAUGUCAUCCUAUACAACAGUCUCAUCAUCCAUCUAUGUAUUAUCCAACAUAUCAUCCUCCUUCUCAAUAUUAUUAUUCACCAUCACAACCAUCAGAUAUGAAUAAUUAUUAUUAUAAUCCUACAAUAGCAUAUUCAAAUUCACAACAAAUGUAUUCAUAUGGUCAACCAACAUCUUAUUAUCAUCCAUCAACACCAUAUAAUAAUAAUGAACAAUUUAAAUAUUAUUAUAAUUCACCACCACCACAACAACAAUCGUCAUACAUAUAUCCAUCACAAACGAACAGUACUAAUGACAUUCCACUAUCAAAUAAUCCUCCACUUCAUCGAGCAUAUCGACAAAUGAGUUCAAACAUACAAAGAACUUACAGUAAUUCACAACAACCAAUACCAUCUGGUGCUACGCCAACAACACCAGCUGUAUUUGACACAACAACUGUCGUUUCACCACAGUCAAAAUCAAUGAAUACGACACAUAAUAAUAAUAAUAAUAAUUAUCCACCAUAG